CCUUUUAAUGGCUGGAUUCAGUGCGUAGUCAUUCGUCACAUUCCUGGAAAAAAAAAUCCCGCUGAGACAGGAACAGACGCUUACCUUUUUAUAUUUUUGUAUUUUUUUUGUACUUCGAACGGAACUGGGAAGGACAUAAGAAGAGUCUCAUUCUUGUCAACUUUAACACAUUAGCCUAGUUUUCACUUGCACUCGUAUCCAAGUUCAGUUUAACGGACUUUUAAGGAUUGUUUUAAUAUACUGUGACAGUUAUUUCUCACUUAAGGUUUUUUUUAUUGGUUUUUUUUAUAUCAUAAUCAUAUUUAAAAAAUACAAAAUGGCAGGUGUAAUGUCUGUGGACGCGGUAAAGAGAAAAAUCCAGGCUCUUCACGCGCAGGCGGACGGCGCCGAGGAGCGCGCGCUGAGUUUACAGAGAGAGCUCGAGCUGGAACGGCAGCAACGGGAAAACGCUGAAGCUGAUGUGGCAGCUCUGAAUCGCAGGAUCCAGCUGGUGGAGGAGGAACUGGACCGGGCGCAGGAGAGGCUGGGCACAGCACUGCAGAAACUGGAGGAGGCUGAGAAAGCAGCAGAUGAGAGUGAGAGAGGCAUGAAGGUGAUUGAGAACCGUGCAAUGAAGGACGAGGAGAAGAUGGAGAUACAAGAGAUGCAGCUAAAGGAAGCCAAACACAUUGCUGAGGAGGCCGACCGAAAAUAUGAGGAAGUGGCCCGUAAACUUGUGAUUCUUGAAGGUGAGCUGGAACGAGCUGAAGAGAGAGCUGAGAUGUCUGAAUGCAAAGUCAGCGAUCUAGAGGAAGAGCUAAAGAACGUAACCAACAACCUCAAAUCCCUAGAAGCUCAAGCAGAGAAAUACUCUGAAAAAGAAGACAAGUAUGAGGAGGAGAUUAAGGUUCUCAGUGACAAGCUGAAGGAGGCUGAGACCCGAGCUGAGUUUGCAGAAAGAACAGUGGCUAAACUGGAAAAAUCCAUCGAUGACCUGGAAGAAAAACUAACAAAUGCCAAAGAAGAAAACUUCGGAAUGCAUCAAGUUCUGGAUCAGACACUGCAAGAGUUGAACAGCAUAUGAAAAAUCUGAAAAAGGAGUUUCAUCUUGUGACAUUCCACAAACAGCUUCAUUCCUCAUGGUUCUCUAUACAAAUCUCACAGAAGAUUAAUUUGUUUGUUGUUCACUUUGAGAGAAUAUCUCAAAUCUUGGCUUAAAGAUGGUAAAAUGCACACUUGUUUACAUUGCAUUUAACACAUUUGUGCAGACAUUUGAAAAUUUCCUGAGUGAAACUUCCCUGGAAACAUUAUGACUCGAGUCCGCCAUCUAGUGGUCACUCGAAUUUUUAUAAACGUUAUUUGAAUAAUUUUGUUUUUCCUAUUACUAUUAAAAAACAUUGUGUUUACUAUAUUCCAUUUGUGCCCUGAGCUGAUGAUAAUCCAUAAAAAAUGGAUGCUAGAGGGAUCAAAAACAUUAUAAUAUGCCUUUAUGUAUACAGUUAAUAAUUAUUUUUGUCAAAAAAAGGUCAGAAUACACAUGAUGUAACUUUAAAUCGAACUGCUGGAUGUGUUGAUACGUGUGACGUAGUUCAGUGCUGAGCUGCAGACAUUUUACUCUUCAUGAGGACCAAAAUCACAUUUCAUUUAUUUUCAUUUGUAUCUGUUUCACUUUCUGUGUUUCUUGAAACAUUUUUCCACUUUUGCAUGUAAUAAAUUUGUACAAAAAAUGUUAA